AUGGCAAAGCUAGUCGAAAUUUUUGUUUUCGUCAUUUGUUGUGGUGCAAUGAUGCCGCCUGGCGUUGUCCCCGGAGCUGUCCCCGGAGUUAUGGCGAUUGUUAUGCAUGGUGCAGCUGACAAGUUAUGGGACAAUGACCAAUUAAUAGAGACAAUGCAAUUAAAAUUAACGCUGACAAAUUGUGGCACAAUGAAGGACGCAAGAUUGCCUGAUCUGGAAGAGAAUCUGAGGCUUUUCGUAAGAAACACUCUUGAAUUGAUAAAGUGA